AUGGGCGACGUCUUUCACUGUGACAGUACCUCCGGCCUGAUGAACGCGUUUGACCUCUACAAGGAGAUCGACAAUAUUGGCGCCGCCAUCUUGCUCACUGACGCCCAGGACGACUGCAUGAACGUGCUGUGGACGCUGGUGGAUACCGUGACUGAGGUACUCCGCGUCUGCGCCUACAUCCGCUUCAAGGUGUGUUUAUCCACGAGGUAGAU